CCCGGAUAAAAACUAACCAUAGGGUGUAUGGUGAAAACCAUUCCUGCACCAUACAGUGUACCAGCUACAAUAAAGUGUAUUGUAAUGAAAUGGUUCGCUAUACUAUACAUUUACAUUGGAUUUUUAUGUAACAAUAUAUUAUACUGUUUUUCUUACGUUUGAACCAUACACUUUUCCGAAACAUUAUUUUUCCGUGAAUUUUUAAUUAUUUCUGGUGUUCGAUUUGAAUAGGUCGUAUGUUUGCUGUGAUUCCUAUGCAGAUUCGACCUAUUCAAAUCGAACACCAGAUUUAUUCAGUUUAAGAUUUUUUCCGUGCUUUGUUUUGUUGAUGUUUGUGACUUUUUUGAUGCAAAGGAAAGGAAAGAGAAAAAAGUGAAUAAGUUGAAACAUCAAUUUAACCUUUUGGAAUCGAUUUUUUUUCGCCGCUGUCGACGCAACCUCGCUGGUGUCGAACACGUUUGUUAUGCUCGGUUUCAUCGCCGGGGUCAUAUAUGACCCCUCCGGCUCCAAAGGGUUAAUGCCAAUAACAUGUUUAAAUCAGUGGUAAACUAGAUGUCCUAAGAACUGCAGGUCCAAGCAGGGGUCCAAGAGAUAUGGCGGGCUCGAGGGCGGGCUAGGUGUGUAGAGUACGAUGAGAGAAAUGCGAAUGCAAUGUAGGCCAACCCGGAAAGAUGCAGGUCAGAUUACCGUAAAUCAGUAGUUGAGUUCAACACAGCCUCCUCUCACCGCAAUACUGCCCACAGGAAAAUAACGAGCCAACAUCUCUGGUUCCCACUUCCAGCCGCCUCGUUGAACACAAUAGCGGCGGCUCGGCGGCUUGGUUCCCCAUGAUAGCGCAACAACAUAAUUCCAGGAGCAAAAAUCAAAAGCGGCGAAACUUUUUUUCACCAAUUUUUUUUUACCUUUUAAAAUCGUUAGUUUAAGCGAAACAUGAUUUCUAAUUUCGCAAUUAUUUAUUUAAAAAUGAAGUCGUAAUAGUAUCAGCUCGUCUUCGUCACGGGAAUAAAGUUUCCAUAAAAUUUAGAAUUGUUAUUGACAUGAUGCAGCCACAGUCAAUAACCGAUCCUGGAUUUUGAUGCUGACCUCAAAAACAUGGCCGCGUGACAGGAGGCUGGUUCAACACUAUUCUUUCUGUAUUUGCAUUUAGGGGAGUUUUCUUCUCUUCUCUCAUGUGAACUUGCCUUCGACCACAAUCGAAUCAAAUGCGGUUGACAAACUUUAUCUUUGACGUAGAGUCAUCUUUAACAUAUGGACUGGACUAAACACUGAAAUGACUUUUAAUAUAGGCUCGUCUGCGGGUUCGCUUUUUAACCUAACUUAUAUUUGAAUCGAACUUGACAGUUAUCUCAUGAGUUGUUAUGUAUUUCAAACUUUAGUCAAACUGGUGCCUCAAUAUUGCAAUAACGGGUAAGCACGCUGUAAUGAUACUUAUGUACCUCGUCACCCACUUCAUGCAACUACAUUAGUGGUCUAAUAACACUUAGCGCGCUCGGCAUAGUUCCAUCAUGCCGCUCAAAGUGUUGCCACAAAUAAUGCUAAGUUUGCAAAACCCGGUUAUCUAGCUGGUGGGGCAUGGGAGCCUAAGCUUCAACUGUUAAUGCAAUCAGAGACUACACUGAAGUAAAUUUUGUUGUUGUUUCUACCGAAUCCAUGGUAAAAUUAAGAACUGUACCAACAAUUUUCAACCGAAUGCAAAAUUCUGUUAGUUGUACUGAAACAUUGUCAAUAUUACCAUGCGUGAAGUACCAUUGACUAAAAACAUUCUUGGUGUUACUAUUUUGACAUUGUAUUUUUGACCAUGUUCAUCUAAGACGCGCAACAUUCAAGUCUACAUGAUCGAAAUUACAAUGCCCAAAUAGUAGAACCAAGAAUGUUUUUAGUCAACAGUAAUACACGCAUGGUAAUAUUGACAAUGUUUCAGUACAAUUAACAGAAUUUUGCAUUCGGUUGAAAAUUGUUGGUACAGUUCUUAAUUUUACCAUGGAUUCGGUAGAAACAACAACUAAAUUUAUUUCAGUGUACUCAGACUUAGACGUGGGCGAUCCUAUAUAUGAAGGGUUAUCCAAAACGCUCUGGAGAAUUCCCAAAGCGCAUUCUAAUAAAUCUAAUAAGCCUAAGAUGCCAUUAACAGGAGGAAAAUGACAAGAUAAUAUAACAAUAUAUGGUUUAUGUAAUGUAAAACAAUUCAACAUAACAAAAGAGAACCAUUCCAAAACCAUUUGAUUAAAUGUAUAACCAGUAGUGAAAUUACAAUUAAAAACAAUUUAUUUACGGUACAUUUUAUUGUUUAAAACCAUUCAUGUACCAUACAAUGUACGGUAUAUUUAAACCCACGUAUCAGUAUUUUGAACAAUUCAUUAACAAUAAAAUGUAUGGUUUUGCAAAAAAAUAUAUAUGGUGUGAACUGUCCUAUCGAACAGUGCGCGCCCAUUGUGUUUCUGCCUUUGCAGCAGCCCUGCUGUUGCUGUUCUGGCGGCACUGAUUGGAGUGACAGAGCGACCGCCUGUCACUGUCGUGAGUAAAUGACAAAGAGAUGUUGAUAAGUAACGUUCACGUUGGAAUAUUUAUCGUUCACUUACUACUAUCCUAAAAUAAGUUAACAGUUAAUACGUUAAAACUAUACUUAAACCUAAUUGUUUUGCUAGUGGAGUCAGGUACUUGGAUUACUCUUAUUGAAAUAUGCCUUAAACUAAUGAAUUCUCUACAACUAGUGCCUAAACUACUGUAAACCUACUGAGGAACUACUGUGUACAGAGUACCUAACCUAAAUUUUCCUAAGCUAAAUCGGAACGCUACUAAGAAUACGAACACAACAGCCCCAAUUCCCAAGACCCUCCGGAUUACGCUAGGGGAACUAAACGUAAGUUGAAGUUUAAAUCUAAAUGAAAAUCCAUUAUGCUACCUAUGUUGAAACAUGCACCUAUAUAUCAUUAUGCUACAAAGUUAUACACUAAAUUACCUAUACAGCAUUAUUGUAAACCUAAAAUUCAUCCCAUCCUUAACACCAUUCAGGAAUCUAUUAAUCUCCCAAAUAAAGAGCCGUGCACUACAGAUUGCUCUGGAGAUUAAUCAACCGGAAAGAAUCCCCCUUUCAGUCUGGGUGACAAUUGUUGACACUAAAUUCAACAAAUUAAUAAAUUCGUUUAUCAAACGAUGUCGGGUCGGAAAAGUGGUAAGGACGGUAAAAGCGGUUCGAAAGGUGUACGGUCGAAAGAUAAGCAGCCAGAAGUGGUCGAAAAAAAUAGUGAUGGAAAUAUAGUGGUGGUGGUCACUGAAGAAGCAAAAGAUCCAGAUGGAGUUCAAAAGGAUGAUGACCAAGUCCCAGAACAGGACUGUACGUUCUGCCAGGAGGCGGACAACGACGAGAUGGUUCAGUGCGACAGGUGUGAUAGAUGGAUCCAUUUUGCGUGUGUUGGCGUAACAGAAGAAAUUGCGAAUAGGAGCUGGAGUUGUCCCAAGUGCGUUGCUGCAGCCGGGGUCCAGCUGCCCUCGUCUUCUACUACAAAUCGCCUAGCAACGGGUUUGUCAACCGGCAGAGAACAACAGAAGUCAACCGCUACGAAGGAGAUAGUUCCCAAAUACACACUUGGGACUGGCACGAGAACUGGCAGACGCGAAUGGUGCAACACGGUGUCGGAGCCCGUAGGAAAUACUAUGCCUACCCGUGGAGGUACUCGUCGCGGUAAGACGGAUGCUUCGAUGACAUCAUCAUCAUCACGCAGAUCACUACUACAAUUACAACUACAACGACUUGAAGAAGAACAGGAAUACGAAAAGCAGCAAGCGGAGAAGCACCGCGCCUAUAUGGAUAGGAAAUACGAAUUACUCGAGCAGAUGCACAGCCAAACGGGAUCAGAGUGCAGCAGAUCACAGGACCGGGUCAGACAAUGGGUCAACGAUACAAACAAUAUCCGUGUGGAAGAUGCAUUGGAUCCUCGAGUUGCAGAAGUCUUCGCUCCACAGAGGCAUUCGACGCAGAACUACUCUGGACAAGCUCAAGUUGGUUCCGCCUCACCCGCGAACGGGUCUUGUCGGUAUCAGAACCGGGAUGUAGAGCAAAAUGUCCGUUGUGACUUUCGCCGCGAACAGCCCGUUCGGCAAUCAUCGGCAGCUGGAAGUGUUGAGGAACCCUAUGGACAACUAAGUCGUCAGCCAAGAAGGACAUUUCGAGAGGCAGAUUUCUACUCAAGAAACCAGGAAGAAGAUUUUGAGCCGUGCUCGUUUUCUCGUCAACAGUUAGCAGCUCGUCAAGGAAUUUCCAAGAACCUACCCAAGUUUUCUGACAAGUUCGAGGAAUGGCCGAUCUUUAUGUCGAUGUUUAACAGCACCACGAGCAUGUGCGGCUUUACGAACGAGGAAAAUCUGAUCCGGCUCCAAAAGUCAUUGGAAGGGAAGGCAUACGAAACUGCGCGGAGUCUGCUGAUGCAUCCAUCGAACGUACCGGCGAUCAUGCGUACACUCAAAAUGAGAUUCGGUCAACCUGAAGCUGUUGUUCACUCUCUGAUACAAAAGGUGAACGCCCUGCCGGCAAUUCGGGAGGAUCGGCUGGAGAUGUUGGUGGAGUUCGCUGUGAAUGUUCAAAACUUUUGUGCCACGGUAGAUGCGUACCAGCUAGAGGACUAUAUGUACAACGUGUCCCUCCUACAUCAGUUGGUGAAUAAACUCCCGCCUACGUUGAAGCUGGAUUGGGCCAGGCAUCGACAAAACGUCCAGCGAGUCAACUUGGCGACCUUUGGGAAUUGGGUAUAUUCAUUGGCCGAGGCAGCUAGCACCGUUGUAAUUCCGGCCGAUAUAAACGAAACAAAGCAAAUACGCAACGAUGGACGUGGUAAUAAGAAACCGAACGCGUAUGUAAAUGCUCAUUCUGAGACCAUCUCUGAGUUCUGCGAGAAUCCACAACCCGCAGAGUCCAAUUCAGAUCAGAAAGAAAGCAGUCAUGCUUCAGUUUCGAAGUUGUCGACUCAAACGUCCGAAACGUGCGUGGUGUGCAAAGGAGGAUGCAAAAACGCCUCAAAGUGCAAACAGUUUUUGGAGCUGUCCCGUGAAUGCAGAUGGGCAAUCGUGAGAGAACUCAAGCUCUGCCGCAGUUGUUUACGCCGACAUAAAGGAGGAUGCGACACGAAAGCAUGCGGGCGAGACGGAUGCACCUACAAACAUCACGAGCUUCUCCACAAAGACCACAAUAUCCAACAAAUUCCGGGAAAAGGUGCACAGGAGCCAUCUACACUUCAGGAUUCUGGAACAAAUGUACUAACGCACGACUGCAACACGCAUCAAGCAAAGUCUAAUGCAGUCCUAUUCCGUUAUCUACCCGUAGUACUAAGCGGACCUCGAGGCUCCAUCAAUACCUACGCAUUCCUGGAUGAAGGAUCCCAUCUCAGUCUGAUAGAUCAAGAAUUGGCGGACCAGCUCAUGCUGAAAGGAUCAACGGUACCGCUGUGCCUUCGUUGGACAGGGGGAACGCAGCGAUGCGAAAGAGAUUCCCGAUCUGUUACCCUUGAAAUCUCAGGAACGAGCAAGACGGCCAAGAACUUCCAGCUAUCCGGAGUAAGAACAGUGGAAGAUCUGUUGCUUCCUCAUCAGACACUCAACGUGAAAGAGAUGGGUAAUCACUAUCCUCAUCUUAAAGGGCUUCCUGUUGAUUCCUACCACAACGUUCGGCCAAGAAUCCUUAUAGGGAUGAAGCACGUGCAAGUCAGCCUUGUGUUGAAGAGCAGAGAAGGAAACGUUGGCGAGCCAGUAGCGGUUAAGACGCGGCUGGGGUGGACAGUAUGCGGUGGAGAAAAUACAGAAGGCGACGACGUAGGGAACCUAGUCCACUACACUUUCCACGUGUGUGCGUGUGAACGAACGACAGAUGAUGAGCUGCAUCAAAAUGUGAAAAAGCAUUUUGCACUAGAAAGUCUCGGCAUCUCGAAACCAGAAAAGCUUCUACUCUCUUCCGCAGACCAACGGGCUCAAGAUCUCUUAAAGCAACUGACUGUUUACGAUGGAAGGCAAUACACGACUGGGCUCUUGUGGCGUCACGACAACAUCCGUUUACCAGAUAACUACAGUAUGGCUCUACGAAGGCUCCACUGCCUGCAAAGACGUCUUGAUAAGGACCCAGAACUAGCAGAGACACUACAUGGAAUGAUCGCGGACUACGUCUCCAAGGGAUAUGCCCGAGUACUCUCGGAAGAUGAACUGAACCAACAAUUUCCCAGAGUGUGGUAUCUGCCAGUGUUUCCGGUUGUCAAUCCAAAUAAGCCAGGUAAAGUGAGGCUAGUGUGGGACUGUGCUGCUUGUUCCUUCGGCGUCUCGUUGAAUUCAGCUCUGCUCAAAGGUCCUGAUCAGCUUUGUUCACUGCUGUCCAUAUUGCUACAAUUUCGAGAAAACAAAGUGGGCCUUACUGGAGACAUAAGGGAAAUGUUCCACCAGGUACGCAUUCAUGAUGAGGAUCAACACUGUCAACGCUUUCUGUGGUGUAACAAAAAAGGAGAUAUCGUGGUCUACGCAAUGCAAGUCAUGACAUUCGGAGCAUGUUGCUCGCCCAGUUGUGCGCAAUAUGUUAAAAACUAGGGGUGGGUAAUGUCUGAGACAUAACCGCAAUGUUGACGUAGGACAAAGGCUGGAAUGAAGUUCUGACUUUUAUAUAUUAGAAUGGGCCCUUUCAUUUGAAGUCUUUCUUACAUCUGCUGAUUUUUCGGGUUAUUGCUGUCCGACCUUCGUAAAUAAAUGCCUAACGGAUUUAUCACAUAAAAGGCCUAUACAAUGUAUACUGGCAAAAUUAAAAUCGGCGGAGUGAUGUGAUGAUUAAAGUUGUUAUAUGAUUCAUUUCACUGAACGCAUUCAUAAGAUGUUAAUUAGUUAAACCUUCCGUAACU